AUGCGCGCCCUCUACUCCCCCGACCGCCUCCCCGUGCGCAUCAUCGCCUCCGGUGCCGCGAUCAUGCUCGGCCUCUGGCUGCUGGCGUCCGUAUUUAGGCCGUUUGAGGCGAAAACGUGGGCCGACCGCGCCGACCUGGUGCGGAACGCGUUCGUGCACGCGUACAAUGGAUACCGCCGCCAGGCCUUCGGGCACGACGAGGUGCGGCCCGUGAGCGGGAAGACCGCGGACACCUUCAACGCCUGGGCCGUCUCCGCCGUCGACGGGCUCGACACGAUGUGGUUGAUGGGGUUGGAGGACAUGUUCACCGAGGCCGUCGACCUCGUCUCCCAACAAACCUGGUCCAUGCCCGACAAGAAGGCCGCGCCCUUCUUCGAGACCACGAUCCGAUACUUGGGCGGGCUGCUGGGGGCGUAUGCGCUGAGUAAGGUCGAACACAUCAACGACGUCCUCCUCUACAACUCCUCCCACGCGGACGGCCUCUACCCGAGCGCGUUCGAUCUGGGGAGUGGGGUGGGGCGGAAUUUCCACUUCUCCGCGGGCGCGGCCGCGGACAGCGCGUACGAGUAUCUCCUGAAGCAGUGGUUGGUGAGCGGCAGGAGCGAGGGGAGGGUGAGGGAUCAUUACGUCCACUCCGCGAACGCCAUACUUGCCAACCUGGCGUACGUCUCGCCGAGCCGGGGGCUGCUGUACGUGACGGAUGCGAUCAGAAAACCGAGCGACCCCGACGUCAAAUCCCCCAACACCGACGCCGACAUGCAAGCCGCCUCGCCCUACUACCUGCGCGACACCGCCAUCGCGCGCGGCCGCCCGUCGCACAACUUCGAGCACCUGACCUGCUUUUUGGGCGGGUUGUUGGCGCUGGGGGCGCGGGCGGUGCCGGAGGUGGAUGGGCGGGCGGUAACCAGCACGCCAGCCGGCAACCUCACCCGCUCCGCCCUCAACCUCCCUCACCCGACCUUCACCCCCCACGACCGGCAGCUGCACAUGUGGGCCGCGGAGGGGCUCGCGGAGACGUGCUGGGCGACGUAUGCGGAUAUGCCGAGCGGGCUGGGGCCGGAUGGGGUGGCUAUGGCCUUGCGCAUGCACGACCUGAAGGUUUUGCGUAUGCACGAGCUGAAGGCACUGCGCACGCACGACCUGAAGGUUUUGCGUAUGCGCGGUCUGAAGGCGCUGCGUAUGCGCGACCUGAAGGCCUGGCACAAGCCCCCAGGCGCGCGGCGCGUCGAGCCCAUCCCCGCCGACGCGGAGAACAGGGCGCAGGCGCUGGACUAUAGGGUGCGGAGUAAUUCGUGGUUGUUGAGGCCGGAGACCAUCGAAUCCAUCUACCUCCUCUGGCGCACGACGGGCGACCCGGUGUGGCGCGAGCGCGGCUGGCGGCUGUUCCAGAGCAUGGAAAGGUGGUGUCGGGCGGAGUACGGCUACAGCGUCGUGAGCCAGAUCAACACGGACCAUCCGCGGAUGACGGACGAGCAGCCGAGCUGGCUCUUCGCCGAGACCUUCAAGUACCUCUUCCUCCUCUUCACCGACGAGGACCUCCUGCCGCUCGAUCAGUGGGUGUUCAACACGGAGGCGCACCCGCUGCCCGUGUUUGAGUGGCGGGGGUGGGAGAGGGAGGCGUAUGGGAUUUAG